CCUUGCCUUCACCUUGCCGUCACCGAUACAGAGACCGGGGUCACCCAUCAACUCAGACACGCUACAUCGUCAAACACCGGCUUGUCUCUCACCUACUACAUUCAACUGCUACGAAGCGGCGCGUCUCAGCGACGGCGAGGUAUCGCCAUGACGGGUGUCGUUCCACCUUCUUUCCGUCACGGCAGGGUACCGUUACCGAGACGCAUGAGUGGGACACGGAGGCUGGCUGGCUGGCUGCCCUUUUCCACAUGCGGCAGGUGUGCCUGGAGGAUUGAUUCCUCGCUCCCCUCGAAACAAGCCGACUCCGCCAAACCUUCUCUCAUAACAGCACGGUCGCUUGCCCUCAUAGCGCCAGCAUCGGAUGACGAUGGCCGCGUUGAAAGACUCACCUGUGCCGCAGCUCUCCCGCAGGUGCACACGUGCUGCGUGGCCCUGGAGAAUAGCAUCCCUCGUCCUCGCCGCCUGGCUGCUGACGCGCUUCUCUGCCUCUCUAUGGGUAUCGCAAUCGUCAGGCCUCUGUCGACAACGCGCGACUGCGCACUCGCCGUAUGGCCAAUUCCCGCAGCCCGACGAUCCGUUCGCUUUUCUCCCUUGUACGGCCAAGACUGUCUAUCCGCCGCUGGACGACCCGAGCCCAGCGAAGACCUGGGCGAAGCAGUUCGACACUGAUCCGCAACACUGGCUCUGGGGGAGUCGUCGGCCGCCGCCUAAUUCUGGGAACAGCUCCGACCCCUACUGUGGGCGCGGUAUCUUCCUCUGCGGCUAUCUGGAUGUCCCUCUCGACUACACCAACGCUUCAGAGCCACGCAUCAUUCGGCUGGCCGUGACAAAGUACCAGGUCUCGGGACUGGCGCGCAUCGACGACCAUGGAAACGACGUUCCCUCCGCAGGCAAGAAGAGCACGCGGACGAUUGUCAUCAAUCCGGGUGGCCCUGGAGGGAGCGGGACACGGUUCGCGUACACGUCGGCUGAAGAGACGACAGAGCGUCUCAGCCAGGGUCAAUUCGACGUCUUGGGUUGGGAUCCCCGCGGCAUCAACAUGUCCCAGCCCAUGCUCGCCUGCGUCCCCUACGACGCCGACCGAGACCGCUGGGACCUCCUGACAUCACAGACCCUCAAGGAAGUUGGCCGCCCGGAGACGCACCUGAGGCUCCUCGACAGCAUGAAUGAUGCGACCUUUCGCGCUUGUCACGAGCUGCAUGGCGAUCUGCCUCGCUUCAUGUCUACUGCCUUUGUCGCACGCGACUUGGAAGAGAUCCGCAAAGCGCUGGGAGAAGACGAGCUGACGGGGUACCUCGUGAGCUACGGCACUCAUAUCGGCCAAGAAUAUGCUAGCAUUUUCCCGUCAAGCGUUGGUCGCAUCAUCCUCGACGGCGUUGUCAACGCUAGAAACGAGCGUACUCUCGGGGGCUUCACUUGGCACAUGCUGGACAACGUGACAGAUGCCUGGCGUGAUGGGUUCCUGGGCGAAUGCAUCGACGCAGGCCCUGCGUAUUGCCCGCUGGCCAAGCCACCGACGAUGGGCCAGAAGCAGCCGAUGACUCUGGAUCAGCUGCAAGACCGCCUCGAGUCCUUUAUUUACUCCCUUGCCGAGCAGCCGAUCCCGGCGUACACCCGGUCCGGUGGUCCGUCCCUUGUCACCUACUCCCAGGUGAUCGCCGUCAUCUUCAAGGCUCUGUAUAAUCCUCGAACUUGGCCUGGUUUGGCGGAGAUGCUGUCCCAGCUAGAGGCGGGCAAUUCGACGCUAGCGGCCGACUUCCUCCAGAAGCGCUGGCAGUACGACCCUACUCUUCCCUGUUCCACCGUUGAGAAAAAGCCAAACUGGCUGGAGCUGAGUUUGCUGGUGAUUUGCGCCGACACAUACGACGCGCCGCGUCCGGCGAACCCUAUCGAAUGGUGGCAAGCGUAUUGGAACAACGUUACGGCCAGGUCUUGGAUCGCGGGGGACUCGGGCUUGAGCUACGUCCUCCCCUGCCAGCGCUUCACCGACUACUGGCCCCAGGUCGCCGAGGUCUACCGCGGCGACUUCAACAAGACGCUCAAAGCGCCUGUGCUUCUCGUUGCCGAGACCCACGACCUAGCCACGCCGCUGCGCAAUGCCAGAGAAUUGUUGGCCGAGAUGGGUCCCGCCAACGCAAGGCUCAUUGUGCAUCACGGCUACGGACAUAGCUCUCGGGACAAGUCAAGGUGCACCGACGCCGCCGUGCGCACGUACAUCCUCGACGGAGUGUUGCCAGACGGCACGGAGACAGCAUGCUUCGCAGACGAGAGGCCAUACCGCUAUGCUUCCAAUGACGCGAAAGCGCUGGCGGGUCGGCAUGAUGAAUAUCUGGCGGUUUGGGCUUCGCAUGUGGAUGACAUGGUGACGCGGGAUCCCCGCCGUUAGGAUAUUCCAGGCCGACCUGGCGACCAGAGUUUUAUGAUGACAUGACAAGAGGUCUACUUGAUGAGAAUAAUGGCAUGGUACAUUUUGGCUUAACCCCCUUGGCAGGACCCUUCGGUCCUUUGAUAAGAUCAUUCAUCUACUGAGUGGCGCCGUUGAACGCCACAAGGUUGACAGUGCCAUAAGGCUGAUCGACAAUGGCAUCCCUCACGGCGAGCUCGCGAAUGCGAUCGCACAGCGCCUGGGUACCUGUGAGACCCUCGAGAGCGCCCAAGUACGCAGCCAGGCCGACAACAUGCGGCGUGGCCAUGGACGUGCCCGAGAGGGUCGCCUCGCCGCCGCCAGGGCGGAGGGACGUAAUCUGCUCACCGGGGGCGAGGAUGUCGACUACCUGGCCCCAGUUGGACUGCGCGUAGCGGGUGUCGUCGAAGGCAGUGCCGCCGACGGUGCAGACGCUGGGCUCCGAGGCGGGCGAGUAGUUACCGGCGUCCUGGUUGUCAUUGCCGGCGGCGACGCCGACGAAAACGCCGCUCUGGACGAGGGCGGCGGCGACCUCGUUCUCGGCGGGGGAGCGCUGGCCGCCGAGCGAGAGGUUGACGACGACGCCCCUGGGGCAGUCGCCGCGCCGCCGGCGGGCGUCCUGGGCGACAAAGUUCAUGCCCGCGAUGAUGUCCGAGUUGCGGCCCCUGCCGUCGUCGCCGAGGACCUUGACGCCGAAGAUCUUGGCCGCCUUGGCGACGCCGUACGUGUUGCUGCCGAUGGUGCCGGCGACGUGGGUGCCAUGGCCGUUGCCGUCGGUCUCCUGGCCGGGGACGAAAGACUUGAUUUGCUGCGCGCGGCCGCCGAAAUCCUACCGGGACAGGGUUCUGUUAGCUCUCUUCUCUCUCGUACGCAUGCAUACACACGAAGCGACGAUGUCGUGCUCCAUGGGCAUCGUGAGUCGAACCGGGGUGUUGAAAGGGGGACCACUCACAGGGAGGGUGUCGUCGAUGCCCGUGUCAAUGACAUAGGCACAGGUGCCGGCACCGGCGCUCUGGUCAAAGACAUACGAGUUCUUGCCUGCCUCUCUAUGGGCGAUGCGGCCCAGGCCCCAGGCCGCGCCGCGUUGCUCAACGAAGCCAGAGAUGGACGAGAUGCCAUCCAUCUCAACAUAGUCGACCUAUUUUUUUUUCUCCAUUUUCAGCACUCGUUUUAUCAUUGCCCCGUCACUGAUAGAAAAGCAGCCAGCCCGAGAGCCGACAAUAGUAGGGUCGAAGUGAAGCCCUUGAAGACGUCGCGGUAGAUGCGGUCCGCGUCGCCCGUGAUCUGGCCCAGGGCCUCGUCGAGGAGCGACAGCGCGCUGUCCUGCUUGAACUUGACAAUGUACUUGUCCGGGAUGGCGGAGGCGGUGUCCCGUGGCAUCAGGAGCGGGGCGGGCGAGGAGCGCUUGGCCUUGCCCGUCGCUCGGAUACUGGCCGGGGCGGCCAGCGCCAGCGGCAGGACGGCGAGGAAUAGUGACAGUUGCAUGGUUGGAUUGGGAAUGAAGAAAGGAAUGACGGGAGAAAGAAGAAGAAGAAGCAGAAAAGGAGUGUGCAAUGAACGAAUGGACUAUGAGAAGAGGCGGUGGUUCAGCAAUCCGAGGGAGAUGGGCUGCUGGACGCCGGCCUAUUUAUCUAUGUAUCGAG